GUAAUACUUCAUAUAAAGGCACAAAUAAUAACUGCCAGUUAACAGUUUUAUAGCAGAGAGCUGUUCGAAAUAUUUUGCUUCUUGAGCAUGUCGUCAUCAUUCGGCGACUACUCUCGCUGCUCUCCAGGAAGCAAAAUUGACAGGACUGCUUGGCUUUGCUAGAAGAAGGGGGAAACAAUGUCUGGGAGUUUUUAUUUUGUCAUGGUUGGUCAUAAAGAUAACCCGGUGUUCGAGAUGGAGUUCUUACCAGCUGGGAAGCCUGAAUCAAAGGAUGACCAUCGUCACCUGAACCAGUUCAUUGCACACGCAGCUCUGGAUCUGGUGGAUGAGAACAUGUGGCUGUCCAACAACAUGUACCUCAAAACUGUGGACAAGUUCAACGAGUGGUUUGUGUCUGCCUUCGUCACUGCAGGACAUAUAAGAUUCAUCAUGCUGCAUGAUGUGCGACAAGAAGAUGGAAUCAAAAACUUUUUCAAUGAUGUGUACGAUUUAUACAUUAAGUUUGCAAUGAAUCCGUUCUAUGAAAUCAAUGCACCGAUUCGCUCCACGGCUUUUGAGAGGAAAGUACAGUUUCUGGGAAAGAAGCAUCUCCUGAGUUAAUCACAUCUUCACAUGCAGAAGGAUUUGAAAGCGUCUUGUCUGUUUGUUGUAUAUAGUAUUAUCUAACACCCUUGUCUGAUGUCAGUGUUUGUCUUUUCCGGUUAAACAGAUGUAAAAAUGUAAUCAACACAUGGAUUUUCUAUAAAACAUGUUCUUGUCAAAUGUAA